AGACAGCGCUGCACCCGGUUGCCGUCCGCAGGGAGACCGAAGGGCACCUCUCCCCGCGCCGCCCGCGCCGCCCGGAGCCCCGGAGUCGCGACGCCCCAGGGAUGUGAGUGCGCCCCUGACCCGAGGCCCGCGCUCCGCGCUCACAUCCGCGGCCUGUGCCCCAGACGACCGCCGCCCGUGGCCCCCGCGCCUUCCCGCGGCCCGCCGGGAGCAUGCUGCCUGCAGCCGUGAAGGGCCUCGGCCUGCUGCUGCUGGCCUCUCUGCUGUGCUCUGCCCCUGCUCAUGGCCUGUGGUGCCAGGACUGCACACUGACCACCAACUCCAGCCAUUGCACCCCGAAGCAGUGCCAGCCGUCGGACACGGUGUGUGCCAGUGUCCGGAUCACAGAUCCCAGCAGCAGCAGGAAGGAUCAUUCUGUGAACAAGAUGUGUGCCUCGUCCUGUGACUUCGUGAAGCGGCACUUUUUCUCCGACUAUCUGAUGGGCUUCAUUAACUCUGGGAUCUUGAAAGUAGAUGUGGACUGCUGUGAGAAGGAUUUGUGCAACGGGGUGGCGCGGGCAGGCCGCAGCCCCUGGGCCCUGGCGGGGGGGCUCCUGCUCAGCCUGGGACCCGCCCUCCUCUGGGCUGGGCCCUGAGGUCCCCUCCCUCCCGCAGAGCUUCUAAGCUUGUCCCCCCAAGCCUGAGCCUGUGGCUGCCCCCUCCCCAGCCUGGCCUGGCUGGUGCUGGGGGCAGCCUUGGCCCUGCUCCACAGCCUGUGGCCCUCUCCCUUCCCUAGACGUGAGACUACCCUGUUUCUCCACCAGCUCCAAGUCCCAGUCAGCAGGACAUCUCCAGGAAUCAGGCGUCUGGCAGAAGGCUGGGACCCUAGGCCUCUGGUCCAGCCCGACAGCCUGGCUGUGAGGGCAUCUUCUACGGAGAAAUAAAAUCGCUUCUGGGUCCGGA